CCCUUGGGAGGUUUCCUGACUUGGGGAGAGAGAGAGUGCCUUCCUUCCUUCCUUCCUUUCUUCCUUCCUUCCUUCCUUCCUUUCCAGAGGGGGCCAUGGCUCUCCUGCUGCCCAGGUUGGAGCCUGGCUGCAAGGAGAGGCCGCAGGAGGGAAGCCAGCCCGGUGGUGCAUCUUCAGGCCCAGCAGAGCCAAGCCAGGACCCUCCGCCUGCCUUUCCUGCUGCUGCUGCUGCUGGGAAUGGAGGGCAGUGGUGGGGAGGAGGAGGAGGAAGCCUUCUGGUGGGGAAGGAGGAGGAGGAGGGGGGCUGCGAAGGGGAGAGCCCCCACCACCUUCAGGGGCAGAGCGCCAGAGCUUCAGGCAGUUCACCUACCAGGAGGCCUUGGGGCCCCGAGAGGCCUGCAGCCGCCUCCACUCUCUCUGCCGCCUGUGGCUGAAGCCCCAGCGACACUCCAAGGCGGAGAUGCUGGACCUGGUCAUCCUGGAGCAGUUCCUGGCCGUCCUUCCUGCCGAGAUGGAGCGCUGGGUCAGGGAAUGUGGGGCAGAGACCAGCUCCCAGGCCGUGGCCUUGGCUGAAGGCUUCCUCCUGAGUCGGGACCAAGAGGAGAAGGAGGAGGAACAACAGGCGGCGGACUUGUGCGCAGAAGUCUCUUCCGCCUUGGAAAGGCCUCCCUCCACCUCCAGCCGGAUGCCGGAUUGUGCAGGACAAAGGGACCCUCCCAGCUCCACAAGAGGUGAAUCAGAACCAACACAUACUGGCUUACCUCUUCCUUCUGAUGCAUGCAGCACACCUUCUGUGACACCAGAUCAGGUGACCUUCCAAGAGGUGGCCGUGUCUUUCAGUGAGGAGGAGUGGGCCCUGCUGAAUCCAGACCAAAGGGCCUUGCAUCAGGAGGUCAUGGAGGAAAAUCUGGAGACAGUAUGCUAUUUAACAACAAACAGAGAAGGGGAACCAUCUCAAUACCACGACUGUGGAGGAAAUCAAGAGCUGUGCCUCUCUGGUCAGCAAGCAACGUCCACUAAGAAAAAGCUCUUCAAGUGCUUGCAGUGGGGAAAAUGUUUCCGUCAGAAGAAAAGCAUUGCUAAUCAUCAACCAACGCACACCAGAGAGAAAGAGUUCAAAUAUUUGGAGUGUGGAAAGUUUUUAAUUCGAAAGUCACACCUCACUUCUCAUCAAACAGUUCACUUGGGGGUGAAACCCUUUAAAUGCUUGGAAUGUGGAAAGUCUUUUAUUCAGAAGGCACACCUCACUUCUCAUCAAACAAUUCACUCGGGAGAGAAAACCUUUAAAUGCUUGGAGUGUGGAAAGAGUUUCACUCAUAAGUUAAGCCUCACCUAUCAUCAAGCAGUCCAUUCUGGGGAGAAGCCAUUUAAAUGCAUGGAGUGUGGGAAGGGCUUCAUUCAGAAGAUAAAGCUCACCUAUCACCAAGCUACACAUACUGGGCAGAAGCCAUUUAAAUGUUUGGAGUGUGGGAAGUCUUUUACUCAGAAGAUAAGCCUCACCUAUCAUCAAGCUACUCAUACUGGAGAAAAACCAUUUAAAUGCUUGGAGUGUGGAAAGCAUUUCACUCAUAAGUUAAGACUCACCUAUCACCAAGCAGUCCAUUCUGGGCAGAAGCCAUUUAGAUGCUUGGAGUGUGGAAAGCUUUUCACUCAUAAGUUAAGCCUCACCUAUCAUCAAGCAGUCCAUUCCGGGAAGAAGCCAUUUAAAUGCUUAGAGUGUGGAAAGAGUUUCAUUCGUAAGUUAAGCCUCACCUAUCAUCAAGCAGUCCAUUCUGGGAAGAAGCCAUUUAAAUGCUUGGAGUGUGGGAAGGGCUUCAUUGAGAAGAAACGCCUGACUUAUCAUCAAGCAAUUCAUACUGGGAAGCCAUUUAAAUGCUUGGAGUGUAUGAAGAGUUUCACGCACAAGAUAGGCCUCACCAAUCAUCAAGCUACUCAUACUGGGGAGAAGCCAUUUAAAUGCUUGGAGUGUGGCAAGAGUUUCAGUCUGAAGACACAACUGACCAAACAUCAAGCUAUUCAUACUGGGGAGAAGCCAUUUAAAUGCUUGGAGUGUGGAAAGGGCUUCAUUCAGAAGAUACAUCUGACCAAUCAUCAAGCUAUUCAUACUGGGGAGAAGUCAUUUAAAUGCUUGGUGUGUGGGAAGGGCUUCAUUCGGAAGACAGGCCUUACCAAUCAUCAAGCUACUCAUAGUGGGAAGAAACCAUUUAAAUGCUUGGUGUGUGGAAAGUGUUUCACUGAGAAGAAAAGCCUCGCCUAUCAUCAAGCUACUCAUACUGGGGAGAAGCCAUUUAAAUGCUUGGAGUGUGGAAAAGGCUUCAUUCAGAAGAGAAAUCUGACCAAUCAUCAAGCAAUACAUACUGGGGAGAAGCCAUUCAAAUGCUUGGAGUGUGGAAAGGGCUUCAUUCAGAAGAGACUUCUGACCAAUCAUCAAGCUAUUCAUACUGGGGAGAAGCCAUUUAAAUGCUUGGAGUGUGGAAAGGGCUUCAUUCAGAAGACAAAGCUCACCUAUCAUCAAGCUACACAUACUGGGGAGAAGCCAUUUAAAUGCUUGGAGUGUGGGAAGGGCUUCCCACACAAGGCAAAGCUAACAGAACACCAAAGAAUCCACACUGGGGAAAGACCAUUUCAAUGCUUGGAGUGUGGAAGAAGUUUCAAUCAGAAGAGACAUCUGACCAAUCAUCAAGCUAUUCAUACUGGGGAGAAGCCAUUUAAAUGCUUGGAGUGUGGAAAGGGCUUCAUUCAGAAGACAAAGCUCACCUAUCAUCAAGCUAUUCAUACUGGGGAGAAGCCAUUUAAAUGCUUGGAUUGUGGGAAGGGCUUCCCACACAAGGCAAAGCUCACAGAGCAUCAAAGAAUCCACACUGGAGAAAAACCAUUUCAAUGCUUGGAGUGUGGAAGAAGUUUCAAACAGAAGAGUAGCCUCCAUCUUCAUCAAGCAAAACACACAGGGGAGAGAACCCUUUAAAUGCCUGGAGCGUGGAAAGAACUUUUGCCAGUAGAGACACCUCCCUUCUUUUCCUUCAUCCAAACCAUGAGGAGAUUGAACUUCUGUAAUAAAAAAAGAGAUUACUUUAAAAUUCUUUUUCUUUGUUGUUUUUUCAGGAAUGUCAGGAAUUAAAAAUAAUUCUUUAUGAACAAA